AGAUCCAUGCCGGGUGUACUUGUCAAGGUGGAAGGGUCACAGGCCUUACCCAAAAAGGGCCGUAAAGUGACUGUGGUCGGUGUGGGAUCUGUAGGCAUGGCGGUUGCAUAUGCAAUCAUGGUUAAGGAACUUGCAACCGAAAUCGCUCUGGUUGACAUUGCUUGUGAACGUGUUAAAGGAGAAGUGAUGGAUUUGAAGCACGGGAAGCAGUUUGUUCGGCAUUGUAAUGUGAUUGGUAGUACAGUCUCGGCUGGUUCAGAUAUUGUAUUUGUGACGGCCGGAGCGCGACAACAGGAGGGGGAAUCACGAUUGAAUCUAGUGCAAAAAAAUGUGAACAUUUUCAAAGGAAUGAUUCCACAAAUAGCAAGACACAGUCCUUGUUGCAUACUGAUUAUAGUAACCAAUCCAGUUGAUAUUCUCACCUCUGUCGCAGCCAGACUGAGUGGAUUUCCACCCAAUCGGGUGAUUGGAACCGGGACAAUGCUUGAUUCCUCCCGAUUUCGCACAAUGUUAGGCGAGGUUCUGGGAGUGUCUCCGUCCUCAGUGCAUGCACUAAUCAUCGGUGAACACGGGGAUUCAAGUGUCCCCGUCUGGAGUAAAGUGAGCGUGGCCGGCGUUCCUUUGUCUUCAUUAAAUCCAUUGGUUGGGAAACCAAACGAUCCAGAGAAUUAUGGAGUCAUUCACAAAAAUGUUGUUGACAGUGCGUACCAAGUGAUCAAAUUGAAAGGUCAGACAUCGUGGGCCAUUGGACUGACCUGUUAUGCCUUGGCGAAUGCUAUUCUCAAUAAUGCGCAUACCAUUUAUCCAUUAACAACCUGCGUGAAGGGUUUCUAUAACAUACAAGACAAUGUCUAUCUGAGCUUACCCGUACUGGUGACCGCGAAUGGGGCAGAAUACAUUGUGCCGUUAUCCCUGUCCCCGGAAGAAGAAGCUCAAUUGCGGAAAAGUGCAAACGCUCUGGCCGAAGUGACUCGGACAAUAAAUUGGUGUUCGUGA